CUGUCCACCCCCCACCAAGAAUCUAUUAACCCAACCCCCUUAUACUACAUUCGAUUUCAGUGAGUUGAGACAGACACAACUAGCCUAGCCAUAGAUACUAUAGCUGGCUAGCUGUAGCUGUACGGAGAAGGCCAGUCUGCAAACAACGCUCACUCCUUUCAAUGGAUCCGCUGUUUAAUUGUGUGCAGCAGGGAGACCUGAAGGGCCUCAUUGAGCUACUGGCUCGCUACCCCAGUGGAGUCAACGCUCUCGAUGAGAAUGGUCAGAGCAUUCUACACUACGCCUGUGCUCUGGGUCACCAUGCAAUACUCAGUCACAUGCUCAGUCUCUCCAACUGCGAGAUUUUCCUGAAAGAUCGAAUCUACGGAUACACCUGCCUCCACAUUGCCUGCUUGUUUGACCAACAACGCGUGGUAAACGAGUUGCUGCGAAGAGUUGGGGAUGAAGGGAAUCAAAUCAAUGCUCAGGAUAAUCUGGAGUGGACUGCACUUCACCAUGCUGCGAGAAACGGGAAUCUUGAGAUUUGCAAGAAAUUAAUUGCAAGCUCGGCACGACCUGAUGUCAUCAAUGCGCUGGGGAAAACCCCCUGUCACUAUGCUGCCGAGUAUGGUCACCUGAGUGUGCUCAAGUACAUGUUUGAUUACGUGGAGCAACAGCUGACACCUCCAGUCAUCACCGAGAGAGUGCUUGUUGAGCCAACCUUGCUGCAUUCCGCUGCCCUCAACAACCACACAAAUGUGGUGGAUUGGCUGAGACACAUCAACAAGCCCUACCCUCCUGCCGCUAGGUACAAGAGGAUCGUGAACUUCAAUGACAAUAGGGGUCGUGAUGAACUACCUGAGGAGGUGGCAGCUGCUAGGGGACACAUGGCACUUCGUGGUACUCUCUCAGUAUACAGGAAGGAAUAUGAGAAGUGGGUUCAAGAUAUCUCUGAGGACAAGACCACCCUUGACAGGAUAAAGUUCUGCAUCUGUGGCCACCCUCGAGUGGGCAAAUCCGCCCUCAGGCAGUCCUUGAGCAAACCGUACCUGAAGCAACUACUGGGGAAGGAUGUCCAAGAAACUGAUGAGAAUAAUGUCGACCGCUGCACGUUUGGCAUUGAGGUGACCUCCUUACAGCUGUCUGGUAGAGAUCUAUUUAGCGUUUGGGACUUUGCCGGCCAAAUUGAGAGUUUCAUCACGCACCACUUCUUCAUAUCCACCCAAAGCACGGUGAUAGCUGUACUGGUGGACAUGACCAGUAGUCUGGACGAUCAAAGAGCACAGCUGAUGCGCUGGUUGGGGUUCAUCAAGGUCAGGAACCUCGGACAGGUACCAUUUCUGAAAGGACCGUCGGACAUUGAGAAGGAUAUUGUCCCCAUGCCCAGUCUUAAGAGAGAAUUUCCCCGCCAACUCCCCGUUCGACCGUGGACACAGAAAUCUCUCCGGGGAAAGAUCAAAACAGGCGAAGAAUCCGUCACCCAGGAGACAAUGUACGGUACGGUGCUCCAGCCAGUACCGGUCAUGAUUGUGGGGAGCCAUUACGAUCAGAUACCUCCGCAAAAACAACAAGAGUCACUGGAAAACACACAGAAACUCGUCACUGAACUGAAGGACAGGUUUGAAGAAUACUUGGAUGUGUCAGCCCAUCUCUACCCACUCAACUGUCUGAGAGCUGUUUCUCCUGAGAUACGGCGCUUCAAAGAGCACCUUUGUGAAAGCCGAUCUAACCUACUGGAUCUCCAGCCUAAAUACCCUCGAGUGGUGGAGCUUGUUGCUAGGAAGAUUGAGUCUCUUCGACUGGAGAAUUCCGACCAGAAGGUUCUCACGUGGAACGAGAUGAGGAAGCUGGUCAGAGAGGAGAUCAACGGGCUCGUCUCAGAGAGACAGUUGGGAUUCAUCUGCAAGCUUUUGGCUGAUGCUGGAGUGCUGGUGUAUUUCCAAGACGGUGCUCUCACUAACCACGUGUUUAUCGACCCUGGCUGGCUUUGUCAAGAUGUUCUGGGGAAAGCUCUGGCUCCCGGUAGCUUCGCAGUAUCAAAAAUUGCAUCAAUUGGUUCAUCUCGAAUCCCGAUUGAUGUCCUACAGCAAAAAUUUUCCGAGUAUAUCGACCAGCAAUACAUUCCUGUCAUCAUUGAGCUUUUGCAGGAAUUUGAUCUUUGCCAUCGGCUAAAGAAUGGUGGCGAGGUGUUGGAGUUCCCGUCUCUCCUCUCUGACUCAGUGGACUCGACUCAGGCCUGGGAGGGUAGGCGUGGUUUCGUUUAUUCUGGUAGACGGCUGAAGUGUACAGACGAUACUGACUCAUUUCCCCCGGGGUUCUUCUGUCGACUGCAAGUGCAAGUGUCUAAUAUUCUCAAGCAAGAGGAUGUGAAACUAUACAAGGGAAGCUUUAUCGUGACAAAUGGCGGGUUUGAAGCAUUGGUGCAGAUCAAUGAAUACAGCACAACCAUCGAUUUGAUUGGACGGACAAUGGGUGGUUUCGCUACUGCUUGUAACCAAUUGCUGGACCAAAUUCAUGGAGUCGUAAGUAAGCUGAUACGUGCUGCCUGUCCCACUAUAUUUCUAGAGCUGCAUAUUCUCAGUGUGGCAGAUCUGGAAGCGCACAAUCAACAGCCAUAUUGUUAUCGAAUCAACGACGUCAUAGCUGCAGAGAGCACCGGAGGACAGGUGGUGAAUCAUAGCACCAACUGUCAUGAAUCGGCCAGAGACCUUCUCUUCUUUGGAGACGAGAACCUACAGAAACAGAACAGUGGGAGGCAGGCAAAGAUUGCCUACAUACCUGAAGACGUCAUCUGUAAGGUUCAGGACUUGCUUGAAGAUGGUGAAAAGGACUGGAGGAGUCUGGCGAAGGCCAUCAACCUGGGCCAGUACAUCCAGCUGCUAGAGAGCAAGUCACCCGAGUCAACACGCCUACUACUACUCAAGUGGGGAGAGAAGCCCAAGUGGAACAUUCAGUCGCUGCUCUAUGCUCUCAAAGACAUUAAUAGAAUGGACGCUUAUCGUUAUGUUGAUGCAAGACUCCCCAAGUCCUAGUCAUCACCACAAUGCUGAAAUUGUUAUUUUUUGUGUGUGCUGUAUUUUGUGUGAUAAUUACAACUUUUUUUGAAUUUAAUAUAACAUGAUUUUCGUAGUAGUACGCAUAGCAAACAAAAUUUAUACUAA